AUGCGCAAAAUGUUCCACAGCUUCCGGAGUAUAUGCCAGCUAUUAAAAUAUUUGAAGAAACUCUCCGCCUUGCCUAUUACAGUAGACAUUCUUGCGGAGACUGGGGUUGGGAAAACAGUAAACAGUUUAAGAAAACAUGAGCAUGUCGGAAGCUUUGCCAGGGACCUCGUGGCCCAGUGGAAGAAGUUGGUUCCUGUGGAACGAAACACUGAGCCCGAUGAACAGGACUUUGAGAAGAACGACUCCCGAAAGCGCCCCAGGGAUGCUCUUCAGGAGGAGCUGGAGGGGGACUGCCAAGCAAACUGGAAAGCCUCCGGCAGCAGGCCACACAGUCCUGAUCACAGACAGAAAAAGCACCGGAAACCCGCAGAGCUCGAAAGACCUCACAAAGCGUCUCUCAGUCAGGAGAGGAGAGACGAGCGAAAGAGGGGCCACAGGGUUUCACCAACUUAUUACUCUUCGGACCAUGAAUCUUCCGAUUACGGCCAUGUUCAGUCUCCUCCGUCGUCCAGCAGUCCUCAUCAGGUGUCCAUGGACCAUUACAGAUCCCCAGAUGAGGACCACGAGCCCUUUGUUCUACACCAGAAGCCUGGAAAGGGCCACAGUGACACCUUUCAGGACAGGCUGGGGGUCAGCCAGGAAAGACACCUGGGUGAACCCCGGGGGAAAGGGGGUGUGAGUCAGAACAAGGAGCACAGAUCUUCCCAGAAAGAUAAACGUCCAGUGGUCGCCAGGGGAGAUGAGAAGUCAUCUUUGAACAGAGAGAAAUCCCACAAGGCCACCUCCAAAGAGGAAAACCGGAGGCCCGUCUCAGGGGAUGGCACAAAGGAGAAGCCGCCCUCUGGUGGUAUCAAAAAAGAGAAGGAAAGAGGGGGCAGCUCCAGGAAGUUUUUACCCGCCUUGGAGAUUGCGUCAGACAACCACCAUAAAAAGCAAAAGCACAAAGACUUGGAGAAAACCAAGUCAGACAAAAACAGGCAAAGUCUACACAGCUUAGAUGUAGGAAAGGGUGCCGGAGACAUGCUGCCCAAGGCCAAAGAGAAGGCUGCUGACAACCUAAAGACUCGGGAAGGGAAAGGAAAAGCUCAUCCUGACAAGAAGUCCCCCCGAGUGGAGGGGGCAGAUAUGGACGAUGAAUUUGAGCAGCCCACCAUGUCUUUUGAGUCAUACCUCAGCUACGACCAGCCCCGGAAGAAAAAGAAAAAGGUCACGAAAACCUCAGCCACAACUGUUGGGGAAAAGGGACUUAAAAAAAAUGACGCGAAAAGCACUAGUAAAAACGUGGACUCAGUUCAGAAAUUGCCUAAGGUGAAUGAAAACAAGUCAGAGAAGCUUCUGCCGGCUGGAGCCGAUGUGGCCAGGCCGAGAAAGGUCCCCAUCGAUGUACUGCCAGUGUUGCCAGACCUCCCAUUACCUAUGAUACAGGCCAAUUACCGGCCGCUUCCUUCCCUUGAAUUGGUGUCCUCCUUCCAACCAAAGCGAAAAGCACAGCCUUCCUCCCAGGAAGAGGAAGAAGCUGGAUUCACUGGACGGAGAAUGAAUUCUAAGAUGCAGGUGUAUUCUGGUUCCAAGUGUGCCUAUCUCCCCAAAAUGAUGACCUUGCACCAGCAGUGCAUCCGGGUACUUAAAAACAACAUCGACUCAAUCUUUGAAGUAGGAGGCGUCCCAUAUUCUGUUCUUGAACCUGUUUUGGAGAGGUGUACACCUGAUCAGCUGUAUCGUAUAGAGGAAUACAAUCACGUAUUAAUUGAAGAAACAGAUCAAUUAUGGAAAAUUCAUUGUCACCGAGACUUUAAGGAUGAAAGGCCAGAAGAGUAUGAGUCGUGGCGGGAGAUGUACUUGCGGCUUCAGGAUGCCCGAGAGCAGCGGCUACGGUUGCUGACAAAGAAUAUCCAAUCUGCACAUGCCAAUAAGCCCAAAGGCCGACAAGCAAAGAUGGCCUUUGUCCACUCUGUGGCCAAGCCACCUCGUGAUGUUCGAAGGAGACAGGAGAAGUUUGGAACAGGGGGAGUAGUUAUGCCCGAGAAAAUCAGGAUUAAGCCAGCCCCUUACCCCAUAGGAAGCAGCCAUGCUCCCUCCAGCAGUGGCAGCAACCACAGCUUCAACACCAGCCCAGAGGAGCCAGUCUAUGACGGCCCGAGCACCAGCAGUGCGCACUUGGCGCCUGUGGUCAGCAGCACUGUUUCCUAUGAUCCUAGGAAACCGACUGUGAAGAAAAUUGCCCCUAUGAUGGCUAAGACAAUUAAAGCUUUCAAGAACAGAUUCUCCCGACGAUAAACUGAGGACUUGCCUGGAGAUGGAAUUUGGGGUGAGGAGGACAAGGACAGUGGGGGCUGGGGAAUGGAACUUCCAAAGGCAGCCGAGAUCUUCUGCUCCGUGGACGCUUUGGUCUCGGAACCCUGCACAGUCCGCAGGUGUCAAGUCUGUGAACCCAUGUGCCGCAGCCACCGCCUCCCUGCCUGGAGGGUACUUCAGAACUCUGAAGAUGUGAAGCCUCAGUCUCACUGAGCGUUUUAAGGUCAAUUAUACUUUUGUUGUUAUUUAGCUUCUUUGUAAACUAUAAGAUAGUUUUAAUUAAUAAAUAUCGCCCCAGAUUGUAUUUAUAUUACCCCCAGGAUUUUUGGGUUUGUUUUCUGUCCUCUGCCACACGCUCAGCCUUUUCUUUUCAGGGCUCUUUGUUAAAGUUAAACAAGAGCCCAGUGAAAGCCAUUCCCGUCCCAGUUCAGCUCUCCCAAGUGGACUCUGGUGCAGAGGGAGGACAGGGCAUCCGCAGAGCCUGUGUGGGGCCUGCUCCACGUAGGGCGAGGAGUGAGUCCUGGGCUGCCCAUCCUAAGGGGGCCUCGGCAUGCAGGCGGGGAGCAUCCGGGAUAGACCCUCACCCCUGAGACCCUGCGUGGUGUUGCUUUGAGUUCCUCUCUUAUUCAUUAAAUAGUAUUUAUUAAGGGAGGUAUUUGUAAAGGUCUAGUCUUUCCCCUCAUCCUUUUUGCCAGUUCCCACUUUUUUUUUCUUUUUGAGGCUCACUAGAGGACAUAGUACCUUGGGAGAUCAAUUUGCACAGAACCCCAGCAUUUUUACAAUUUCCAGUGUCUGAUUCAAAACUUUAGGGUUUUUUCCCCCUCCCCUGUUCUUCCUUCUCCCACUAGCAUGGGGCAAAAACACAAAUACAUGGCAGGGCUUUUGGUAGAGUCCCCCACCCCCAAAAUGCAACUUUAGAGUUUUAAAAGCCAGCACUUUAAUCUCGAUCCUUGUGAAUUACUACUAGAAGUGAAUGGUUUUAAAAGUUGUAAUGCUAUGUUGGAAAUUGGUUUUGUUUUUGCUUUCUUUAAAAGGUAAGAUCAUGUAAUUGGAAGAGCACAACAGUUUACUAUGUUUUGUAGAGAACUUUGCAGCUGAAGCUCUCCCUACUUUUCAAGUGUUUAAGCCAGAAUUUGGAGGGAAGGGCCAACUUUGCAAAAGUGUCUGAGCCGUCGCGUCAGGAUGGGGAGAACCACAAGGGAGUCCAUCUGAUUUGGGAAGGGAGGGUCUCACUUGUGAGUUGACUUAGGAGCAAGGUCAGAACUAGGAGGAUAGUGCCAGUGCCCUUCUUGGCUGUUGAAGAGCAUUGAGCUAGUAAGAACCCAGAUGGCUGUGACCCCAGUGGAAGUAGAUGCUAUAAGUCGAGGUGCUCAUCCUUAUGAAACCCAAUCAAUAGAUAGGUCUUGAUUAGUGUGACAGCCCGAGGAGCUUGGCAGGCAGUGCCCUCAACAAGCCCACUCCAAGCUCAGAAUAUGGAGGGAGCAUUUGAGAUCUUGCUCCCUGGCAUAUGUCCUCAAUUUGGGUCAAAUAAACUAUAAAAAUUCUCAAAAGAAAGCUCAAUGUGGAGGCGACUGUUUUUAACCAUCCUGGAGACCUCGGUUAGACUAACUCUGAAGAUCCAGAGCAGCAAACUAUUCAUUGUGCAUUGCUGUGCUGGGUGCCUGUUGCGACAGGACUUAAGUAUUGCUCUGUUUUAAUUUGCUGUAUUUUUUAAUUGGGUAAAGUAUUAUUUCUCUUGAUUGA